AUGGUUUUACCUGUUUCAGAUGUUUCCAGAUGUGAACGUCUUUGCAGUUCGGAAGAUAAGUUGUCGCUGUGUUCUCUGCAUCAAGUGUCCAGAAUCCUCGUCGCCAUUUCCAUCAUCCUCUCGAUCGUCGCGAUAUCCCUGUCCAUCCUUCUCAUCCUGCAGUACUUCUACCAGCCAGAGGUGCAUCAAGCCUGUCCGGACUACUUAGAGAGUUGUAUCCCCUCUUUAAACUGUUCUCUUACCGAUGGUGCCAACCCCUGCCCCCCAAGCAGGCAGCCAAGCAACCGGACCAUGGCCAGCGAAUACAUGAAUCCAGUGCUGCUGCUGACCGGACGCUCGCUGCUGCAGUUGUACAGCGCCCACGCUGGCCGCUAUUACACCGUGUGUCACCAGGGCUGGAAGACCUCCCAUGGCUGGACAGUGUGCAGAGAGCUGGGCUUCAGCAGCAACACUGUAUUGUCAUCUCCUGUGUCACUGAACACAACCGAUGCCACCUGCCUGGAGUCGUUUGCUGUGGUGAACAAAACUACAGGACCUCCCAGUAACCUCGAGGCAUUCCUGAGCCCCGUAGAAUCAUGUCCAGCUCAGGAGGGAGUGUCACUGCAGUGCACAGAUUGCGGGCGGUCAGCUUCAGAGAGUCAGCGAAUCGUUGGAGGUUCUCCGUCCGCCUGGGGACGUUGGCCGUGGGUAGCCAGCCUGCGCUGGGAUGGACGCCAUGUUUGUGGAGGAUCCAUCAUUUCAUCGCAGUGGGUGAUGAGUGCAGCUCACUGCUUUGUCCUGUCUAACUUCCUUACCGUGGGUCGAUGGAAGGUUCACGCUGGCUCGAACACCCUCAACCCAAUGACAUCUGUCUCCAUCCGCAGCAUCUACUACAAUGGACUCUACAACCCCGAAACCAAUGACUUUGAUGUUGCUCUGAUCAAAACCAGCCAGCCUAUGGCCUUCUCUGAGACUCUUCGGCCGGUGUGUCUGCCCCGGGCUCAUCAGCAGUUCCAGGCCACAGGAAACUGCUGGAUCAGCGGCUGGGGACACGUGAGCGAGGGUGGUCAGCUGUCUCCAGUCCUACGGGAGGCAAAGAUCCACCUGAUCAGCAAUGACAUCUGUAAUCAGUCAUCUCACUAUCCCGGAAUGAUCAGCGAGAGAAUGUUGUGUGCCGGCUAUUUGGAUGGGAAAGUGGAUUCCUGCCAGGGAGACAGCGGAGGCCCUCUGGUGUGCCAGGAAGGAGGCCUGUGGUGGCAGGUUGGCAUUGUCAGCUGGGGAGAAGGUUGUGGCCGACCCAACCGUCCCGGAGUUUACACAAACCUCACUGUAUUACUGGACUGGGUCUACCACCGCCUACAGACCGACAAUGAGAUUCCAUGA